GAGGAGGAUAAAUACCGGUUUGGCCACGCGCUCUUGCAUGCGGUCCUGAGGUAACGCAGCAGCCUCGUGGAGCAACAAACUCACUAACAAGGACACUUGGGUUUCAGUGAUUGUCAUUACAGCCGUAAAGAUGAUGAACGGUUUUCAUAACGCACUUAUCGAUGAAGACUACUUCCUCUUCACAUCGGAAUCCGUAGGAGAGGGACAUCCAGAUAAGAUCUGCGACCAGAUCAGUGAUGCAGUCUUGGAUGCCCACCUCAAGCAGGACCCUGAUGCCAAAGUGGCCUGUGAGACUGUUGCAAAGACUGGCAUGAUUCUUCUAGCUGGAGAGGUGACCUCUCACGCUAAUGUUGAUUACCAGAAGAUUGUCAGGGAUACAAUCAAGCACAUCGGCUACGAUGACUCCACGAAAGGCUUUGAUUACAAGACCUGUAAUGUUCUGGUGGCUCUGGAGCAGCAGUCCCCAGACAUUGCACAGGGCGUUCACCUGGACCGCAAUGAGGUGGAUGUAGGAGCAGGAGACCAGGGCCUGAUGUUUGGCUAUGCCUCAGAUGAGACUGAGGAGUGUAUGCCACUCACCAUUGUCCUCGCCCACAAACUCAAUGCCAAGAUGUCUGAACUGCGGCGCAAUGGAACUCUCCCCUGGUUGAGACCCGACACCAAGACUCAGGUGACUGUCCAGUACCGACAGGACCGUGGGGCAAUGUUGCCAGUGCGCGUCCACACAAUUGUAGUCUCUGCGCAGCACGAUGACGACAUCUGUGUGGACGAGAUGCGCGACGCACUGAAGGAGAAGGUCAUCAAGGCUGUGGUGCCCUGCGUGUACCUCGACGACGACACCAUUUACCACCUGCAGCCCAGCGGCCGCUUCGUCAUUGGGGGUCCCCAGGGUGAUGCAGGGCUGACAGGCCGUAAGAUCAUCGUGGACACUUAUGGGGGCUGGGGGGCACACGGAGGUGGUGCCUUCUCUGGGAAGGACUAUACCAAAGUGGACCGCAGUGCCGCCUAUGCAGCCCGCUGGGUCGCUAAGAGCCUCGUCAAAGCUGGACUUUGCAGACGCGUGCUGGUGCAGGUGGCUUAUGCCAUUGGAGUGGCCCACCCACUGUCUAUCUCCAUCUUCCAUUAUGGCACCUCCCAGAAGACCGAGAGGGAACUGCUUGAUAUCGUUAAGAAGAACUUUGACCUCCGACCUGGAGUUAUUGUCAGGGAUCUUGAGUUGAGGAGGCCCAUCUACCAGCGCACAGCAGUAUAUGGACACUUUGGGCGAGAGUCCUUCACAUGGGAGCAGCCGAAGAAACUCCAAUACUAAAACACACCCACACACAGCAUCCUUGCAUGCCUGUUGGUGUAACUACAGAGAAGCCACAGGCCUCAAGGGUGUCACACAGACACGCACACACGUAUUAACAUUCUCUAUGUAACAGAGGUCCUUUCCACUAUGUCUUAGUGCGAGGAGUGACCUGUUCAACUGUUGAUGCAAAUCUUCCUGUAGCUCUUGUGUUUUACAGUCAACAGCAUUUGGUGCUCAAGUAUCAAGAUGUUUGUUUUUUGUUUUGUUUUUAGAUUUGUUUGUUUUUUGUUUUGUUUAGAUUUUUUAUUUUUUAUUUUCAAUUGUUUUAAUGUGCCUACUCCAAGGUGUCCAUGUCUUGGCGUUCUUAGUAUAUUUUGUGGGAGAUCUUCUGUCAUAGAGCCACAUUUCGUGUUAUUGGUGUCAUUGUUUCUAGGUCCCACAUUCUCAGUCGGACCAAACAUGGUCUUUCUCAUAUACCCCAGUCAGACCAAACAAUAUGACUGUUAACUCCCAAGAUACUUUCACUCAUCUGAGUGAAAAUAACAAUUAGUACUCCAUAUGUGUGUGCACAUAAUAUGGAGGGAACCUGAGGUUCUUCUAGUUUCUGGAAACUAUAAGGCUUUUUAAUCCAUCAUAUUUAUUAACCCUGAGACUUAGCUGUAAACCUCAAACAUAUUCUUCUGUCGGAGAGACAAUAACAUAUUCCCCACACAAACAUACACGCACAUAAAGAUGAUGGUGAAUGGUUGAAUGAUUGUGUCUCGGUGAGCGUGUGAGGGCCCAGAGUGUGGUACAGAAAAGCUCAUGGUUCCCCUCCAUGCUCACAGGCUGCUGGGCAGGUCCCCUGUCAUAUCUGCUCCACAUCCUCCAGCACUAGUGGCAAGGAGAGGCAAAGUCUGGCUGGUGUUGUACAGAGAAACCAGCCUUGUUUACAAGCCUCCCUGGUCUCCACUUCUGCAUGAAUGGACGUGGAGGAACUUUUAUUCCUUUUCCAUUUUUAAACUCUCUUUUUACCAUUAAAGAGAUCUACAAUGA